AGAGAAGAGAAGAGAAGAGAAGAAAAGAGAAGAGAAGAGAAAAGAGGUGAGGAGUGACAGGAGACAGCUGCAGCAGCAGCAUCAUCACCAUCUCAUCUCCUCACCCGAUCCAAACCCCCUCCGAUCCUUCCACACCCCCUCUGGCUCUGCCUUGGGCUUCCUUCCUGUGCCUCUACUUAGCAGCCUGGCACCAGCCUCAGUGCCAGCCCCAGAACCAGCACCAGCAGUGGCCAUCCACACCCUUCCACUGCCCAGCAUAGCACCUCCACCUCCAUCACCUCUACCACGAACACUGCUGCCUAGAGAGCCCACCACCUGUGGCUGAGCCCAGACAGAGGGCGUGAACAGAAAGGAGACAAAGGAGGGAACAGUGAGAAGAGAAGAGAAGAGAAGAGAAGAGAAGAGAAGAGAAGAGAAGAGAAGAGAAGAGAAGAGAAGAGAAGAGAAGAGAAGAGAAGAGAAGAGAAGAGAAGAGAAGAGAAGAGAAGAGAACAGAAGAGAGGUGAGGAGCUCCUCUACACGUCCACCAACCAUCUCCUCUCCUCUCCCAACCCUCCAUCUCCUCUCCUCUCCCAACCCUCCAUCUUCACUCCUCUCUCCCCCCUAAACUCCAGCAGACGUCCCCACGUGCGCCCCCACUCUACUCUCCCCCUAAACACCGGCAGUUGUUCCCCUGUGCGUCUCUGGUCGCCAUCCCGCUGGUCACCAUCCCGCCGACGCUCUGCAGGUCCUGCCGCUGGCCCCCGUGGAGGAUGAGCGAUGGCCCCACCUUGGACUUUGAGCUCUUCUCCCCAGAGCCCCUGUUUCGCGCCGCCGGCAUGCCCCCCAGCAGCAGCUCCUCCCCCUCCGUCUUCGUGGGCGACGCCGAGCAGAAGACGGCCUUCGCCUUCGUGGGGCUCCUGAUGCUCUUCCUGGUCUUCCUGCUGGUGCGCUGCUUCCGCAUCCUGCUGGACCCCUACAGCCGCAUGCCCUCCUCCUCCUGGACCGACCACAAGGAGGGGCUGGAGAGGGGCCAGUUCGACUAUGCGCUGGUCUGACUAAUGCUGACAGCCCCUCCAGGGACGGACGGUAGUGUUGAGUGUUGUGAGCAGUGCACGUAAUGACACUAGGGCCUUGACUGGUGGAGCAUUGAGAGGGUGGUAGUGGGUGCGUAUUUGGGUGUUGUGUUGUGGUGUGGUGUGGCGUGGAGUGGUGUGGAGUAGUGUGAUGGGGCUGGUUUAUGGAAGCGGCGAUAUUGUGCCCAACCCUUCAAGCCACAUAUGUCUGGGACGGGUUGAAGAGUUGUGACCAGGACCGGAUUAUGAUGGCCCAGGGCCCCUAGGCUACAGGUUGCUGUGGGCCCCCCUCCAAGACAAAUUUUGAGGCAAAAAUACAUCUUAACAUUAACUUCCGAGCUAGGAAUUAAGGAUAACCUGUCUGUCAACCGUGGAGAGUAGUAUUGACAGAUUUUUCAAAUCUGUACUCGAUACAACAGAUGAAUUUGAAUAUGAAUUUUCAAUAUUGCAUCUUAUCACAAUUCUGCAAUUUUUCGACUUUUGGCCAAUCAGGGGGCCCCUGGCAGGUGGGGGGCCCUAGGCUGCAGCCAUAUGUAGCCUAUGCGUUAAUCCGGCCCUGGUUGUGACAUGCAUUAGUGAACAGGGUCAAGAGUGGCAGAUGGAGCGUAGUGAGGUGAUGCUCCUCCUGGGUGAUUUUUUUGUCACUUCUUCUUCUGAGAUGGUGUUUUCAUUGAUCUGCAAAUAGUUCUAACACACAUCUCAGUAUGCCAGACAUCACAUCA